AUGAAAAAACUCCGUAUAUUCUGGACCGGUUUUCAGGAAAAAUACAGUAUUAUUCUGAUUCUGUUAUUACUGAUCAUUAUCUCAUCCAUCAUAAAUCCGAAUUUUUUGAGCCCUGCAAAUUUAGCCAACGUUUCCCGGCAGGUUUCAGUGACUGUGAUUCUGGCCUUUGGUGCAACCAUUCUGAUUGUCUGUGGUCUGAUUGAUUUAUCCUGUGGCUCGGUUCUGGCCCUGUCGGGCCUUUUAUCCGUAUCUGUGUACAAAAUGACAGGCUCAUUAGUUCUGGCCUUUCCUGUUGCAGUUCUGGCUGGUGUAAUGGCAAACCUGCUCAGUGCUGUUAUGGUCACAAAGUAUCGCGUUCCAUCCUUUAUCGCAACGCUGGCAAUGCUGGCUAUGGCAAGGGGUGCGGCUCUGUUGUAUACCAGGGGACAGAAUAUUUAUCAGAUUGAAGGAUAUACCGUACUGGGUCAGGGCUCGAUACUGGGAAUACCGACUCCCCUGAUUUUUCUGCUGAUUUUUCUCAUGAUUACCUGGUAUAUUUUGCAGCACACUAAAUUAGGCCGUUCUUUUUUUGCAAUCGGGGGGAACGAGAAUGCCGCCAUUGCUUCGGGAAUUCAUACAGAUUCAUGUAAGAUAUGGGCAUUUGUGCUGAACGGUUUUUUUGUCGGAGUCGCAGGUGUAUUGUUCAUGUCGCGUGUCAAUGCCGGGCUGCCCAAUGCGGGAAUCGGCUAUGAACUGCACGCGCUGACGGCUGCCAUUAUUGGCGGUACCAGCUUUUCAGGGGGAAUCGGUACCGCAGGUGGUACUGCUGCUGGAGCAUUUAUUGUGGGUUUUCUGAAUAAUAUCAUGAAUCUGGCCAAUGUGAACUCCUAUCUGCAGCAGGUUGUGAGAGGUUUGAUCAUUGCACUGGCUGUAAUCUACGAUAUGCGUGCCAGAUCGAAACGGGAAACGGGCAGUUGA